UUGGGUUUCAUUUUCGUCUCACCUACUCCAAGGAUCCCGAUCGGGAAGCAUGGCGGCUCCGAUGGUCCACUUCCCCAUCGUCCUCGUUAUCCGGCUACUCGGCGUCGCCGCCGCUGCCACGGUGCUCACCUGGGCUCUUCAUUUCCGCGGGGGCAUGUCCCUCAUCUCCGAGAACAAGGAUCUCAUCUUCAAUGUUCAUCCUGUACUAAUGGUGAUUGGAUUCAUCUUAUUGAAUGGCGAAGGCAUAUUGGCCUACAAGACUAUUGGAGGAACAAAGAAUUUCAAGAAGGCAGUGCACCUUGCUGUUCAAUUCCUUGCCUUCUUUUUGGGUCUUAUUGGCAUAUGGGCAGCUUUGAAGUUCCACAACGAAAAGGGCAUUGACAAUUUCUACAGCCUGCAUUCAUGGUUGGGCCUAGCAUGUCUCUUCUUGUUCGGCAUUCAGUGGGGCGCUGGAUUUGCAACCUUCUGGUACCCUGGUGGCUCGAGAAAUAGCCGAGCUUUCCUACUUCCAUGGCAUGUUUUUCUUGGGAUAUACAUCUACAUCCUUGCUGUUGCCACUGCAGUUACCGGCAUAUUGGAAAAGGCCACUUUCCUCCAAAGCAGCAGUAUAAUUUCCCGCUACUCAACCGAAGCUUUUCUAUUGAACUCCCUGGGCUUGUUACUUGUAUUUUUGGCUGGUUUCGUUGUACUCGCUGUGGUCACUCCUGCUUCUAUCAAAGGUGAUGCUCAUAAAACUGGCGCAGAGUAGAAUUUAGUUGAUUAGUUCUUGAUUUUCUUUUCUUACAGGGGACAUUAUUGAUUCAUAUUGAGUGCGAGUUCUUUGUAAAAACCAUCAGUGUUGCCUUCAUAACUCAAGAUUGUGGACUCAUACAUGUGAAAUGAAGUAAUAUUCACAAAAAUAAACUGCAGAAAAGUGAUGAUUUGCUGGAUUUAUGAACUUCUUGUUUUGGAUAAUAGAUUGAAGGCAGUUAUGAAUGAAACUGUAAACCCUAACUUUUCCUUA